AUGGAUCAUUCCCAGGGUCACUCCGACCAAGGUCAUGCCUCCUGCAUGACAGGGGACAUCAGGACCAGAAUCUCUCAGAUGACUGAGCAGAUACGGAUCCAGUUGCCAGGCCAGAGGGUGGGUUCUUCUAUUAACCCACCCAACAACCCCCGCCCUGCUGGACGCAGGGCUUCGAUGGGAAAUGCCCAGGGCCUCUUGCCCAUUGCCAACAACAUGGCUGGUCUUCCCAAUGUCAACCCCAGGGCCAAUGUGCCGACAAGCCGCAACAACAUGGCAGGACUGCCCAACAUCAACCCCGGACCGACAGGCCGCAACAUGCAGGCUCCAAACCCUCAGCGUGGUGUGCCGAUGCCUAACGACAAUAACGAUAACAACAUGAACCAGCGCAACAAGCGCCGCCGCGGAGAAACCAUGCCCGGCAGUAUGAGGCCGGGCAUCAUCAUCAACCCGGCUGUGAACGACCCGCAGCCUGCCAACUUUGCUCCAGCGCCGCCACGGCGAGGUGCCGUUCAGCUGCAGGGUGCUGACACUCUUGUGGCCGACAUUGCUCGCCUGAGGACACUUCUCAGCGAGAAGCAACCCGAUGCCUCCAUCGACCACAUCACUAGCAUGGGCGACCUAUAUAGGUUUGAGCGCGCUUACCGCAAGCUGGACAGCACCAAUGCUGACUUGAGUUCAGUCUACGACUUCCCCGAUGAUCCCCAAGAGCAGCUUGGUCUGGCGCGGCGCCUUGUUGCCGCCAUGUCCAACCUGACAGACAUUGAGGACACUGCCACCAUCAGAGACGGCAAAGACAGCGCUGCGGUCCACUGUGUCAAGACCAAGAAGCCGAUCGAGAUGCAGAUGUGCGCCUGGAAGUUUCUUCGCGCCAUUUUCAAGGCCCAGCUGAACGACCUCAACCUUCCUGCCAAGUUCAGCACGAGCCGUGGAUACUAUGACACCUACAUGGAGCGCUUCCGGGACGUCGAAGAGGGCCUCGCUGCAAACAAGCUGCUUGUCCGCAGUGCCUUUGAGACUGACCUCUGGAUCGACAGGAUUGCCGAUCGGCCCAGAUUCGAGCGAACGCUCAAGAUGCAGAAUGAGCGCGGCAACAAGCUCCAGCACAGCAAGCUGAAGUAUGCCAGCAAAGUCCAGCGAGAGAACCCGGACCUCGACUUUGUUGCCGAUGCUGAGUCCUCUGCUGCUCCUGCUCCUCCUGCUGCCCCUGCUGCCCCUGCUGUUCCUGGACCGCAGAUCCAGCCAUUCCACCCUCAGCUUUACGCUGCGCCCGUCAAUGCUUGGCCAGGCAUUCCCAUGGGCUAUGCCUUGCCCAGCACCGCUCCUAUGGGCUAUGCCUUGCCCAGCACCGCUCCUAUGGGCUAUGCCUUGCCCAGCACCGCUCCUCUGGGCUACGCCUUGCCCAGCACCGCUCCUCUGGCCAACUCUGCUAACAAUCUCUCCAGCAAGGCCCAGGGCAAACAGCCUGCCCGGUAUCCCGCGCCUGUCUUGCCCAGCCUUGGACCACAGCUAGAGCUAUCCUUCUGUGCUGAACCCCUUGGCUCGAACACUGGAACGGUCAUCAACGCAGGUGAGCCUGGACCCAGCAACACCUCUGGGGACAACGAUGAGAUUGAAUGGACGAUGCAGGCUUAUGACGCUGACGAGCAGUGGGACAACAACAAUGCCACGCCUGACAAUGGAGGUCCGAGCCGGCAGCCAGCCUCUGAGAGCUUCGCUAGCUCUACCAACCCUGACUGGGAGGGCGAUGACGACUGGAUGGAGUUUCUAGAGUGA